UCAGUGCUAAAAUGAAUUGUUCUCAGAUCAUCAGCAGAUUGUCUCGACGUUUAAAUAGCACUCUAUUGACAGCAGCGGUAGAGUGCUCGAGCGAUACAUUCUACGAACGAAAAUAAUCCUUCGAGAUGGAAAGUUCACAGUAUAUUGGGCCUUACUACCUACCUUUGACAAAUGGAUCCCUUGUUGAUAAGGUUACGCCCGAUAUGGCUCAUCUUAUUCACCCGUAUUGGAACAAAUUCCCGCCAGUUGAGCCCUACAUGACCAAACUUAUUGGAACAUGGUUGGCGGUGACGGGUAUCUUAUCUUUUGUUGGCAACGGAUUGGUUGUUUAUAUAUUUUCAACGACAAAAGCAUUAAGGACACCAGCCAAUUUACUAGUGUUGAACUUAGCGAUUUCUGACUUUGGUAUGAUGGCUACAAAUGUCCCAAUGAUGGCAUUAAAUUUAUUCUUCGAGACAUGGAUAUUGGGGCCAUUUAUGUGCGAUAUGUACGCUAUGCUGGGCUCCGUUUUUGGUGCCAAUUCAAUUUGGUCUAUGAGCAUGAUAGCUUUGGACCGAUAUGAAGUAAUUGUCAAAGGUGUUUCCGGACGUCCAAUGACAAUAAAACUAGCUGUGAUAAAAAUUGUUAUGAUUUGGACAAUGGCAACUUUCUGGACGAUUGCGCCAAUGAUGGGUUGGAGCAGAUAUGUUCCUGAAGGAAAUCUAACAUCAUGCGGGUUAGAUUAUCUUGAACAAGACUGGAAUCCAAAGAGUUACCUGAUAUUUUAUACAAUUUUUGUAUACCUGCUUCCUCUAUUUGUUAUUUGCUAUUCCUACUGGUUCAUUAUUGCGGCUGUUGCAGCUCACGAAAAAGCAAUGCGAGAACAAGCCAAGAAAAUGAAUGUCAAAUCAUUGCGAUCACAAGAAGAUACCGACAAAAGUGCCGAGGGAAAAUUGGCUAAAAUUGCUUUGGUCAAUAUUUCGUUAUGGUUCUUCGCUUGGACACCAUAUGGUAUUUUAAACUUUUUAGGAUUUUUCGGAUCGGAUAUCCUUACGCCAACACUAACCAUUUGGGGUGCAGUUUUUGCUAAAGCUGGUUCUUCAUAUAAUCCAAUAGUAUAUGGCAUUAGCCAUCCAAAAUAUCGCAUUGCUCUUAAGGAGAAAUGCCCAUGCUGUGUAUGUGGCUCUACAGAAGAACCAAAAGCUAGCGAUGCAACUUCACAAGCAACUAAUGCUGAAACGCCAGCGUAAAUUACAUAAGAAAAUUAUGGACUUUUUACUUAAUUUAAUUUUAUUUAUAUUUUAGUAUUAAUUAAGUUGUGUAUGUUAUGUCACCAUUCUUACUUUAAAUAAUAAAAAUAAACCGAAAUAAAGCAUUGACACCUGAAAGAAAAUUUUGCAUUUA